AUGGAGAAAGCGAUGCUCGGGAUCGCCCUACGAGACAGGAAACGUAACGAUUGGAUCCGAACUACUGUACAGCUACUCUACAGCUCUAAUAACGCGAAUAUAGAGAUCAACGGUGUACCCGAAAACAGGGCAGAGAACCUAAUUACCACAGUGGUGCAGUUAUCUACGGUUGUCAAGAGUCCGAUUACUAGCGAAGAUUUACAAAACGUGACAAGAGUUGCAAAACUUUCCGAAGAUAAAGAUAGGCCUAGAGCUAUUAUAGCCAAGUUCCGAACACCGCGUCUUCGUGACAGGAUUCUAGCUGCGGUAACCAAAUUUAAUCAAGAAAACGACAAGGAUAAACUAUCUUCCCAGCAUCUUGGAAUUGGCGGAACUCGUGUUCCAGUAUUUGUGGCAGAACACCUCACUCCGGCUGCAAAGAAACUACAUGCAGCAACAAGAAAACGAUGUAAGGAACUUAACUACAAGUAUGUAUGGAUUCGCAACGGGCGCAUCUACGUUCGUAAAGACGACAAGGAGCAGGCCUUAUUAAUUAGAAGUUCGGAUAGCUUAGAAUUAAUGAAUUAAAUAACUGAAUGUUUCAUGGUAAUAGCUUUGGUAGUAUACUAUCGUUAAAGAGUUCGAUAUUUAUUAUCAAAAUGUACAAGGUCUAAGGACAAAGACG